UUUAUUUAAUUCUAACUACUGACAAUUUAAUAUUAUAUUUCUUAGCUAAAGUAAUAAAACAACUUUGGCUUGCUCUAGCAGCUAGCUAGCUAUAUAGCUAACUGUAAUAAAAUAUGAUGGAUGAAAUUAAUCACUAACAUGGCAAAAGAAAAUUAUUCAACAAUGGAGUAUCCUUUGCCAAUAUCCAAUCUGAAAAUAUGCCCUGGAAACUGUAGUGGUAAUGGUGACUGCCUAAGUGGAAUGUGCUUGUGUGGGGUUCAAUACUCAGGCUGGUCCUGUAGUGAUCGUAAUCUCAGUUACUUUUUAUCAUUUGGAGUAAUUUUUUAUAUGGUGUGCUUGAUGGCUAUUGUACAGUUGAUCUUGUGUAUACGCUCAGAUUUUUUCAAGUUGAAACGACCAAAUAUUUACAGAGCAUGCAAGCUAAACAUACAGAAAAUAAUCUACAUCUCCAUUAUAUUUGCUACUGGUUCAAGAGCUGUAUACUUUUCUUUAGGACUACAUGAUGUAGUUCCCAAACCAUGGAAAGAAAAUUUGUUUUCUACAUUUUACCCAUUUGUAUUGUCGGGAUUCUCUGUCAUCAUAUGCUUUUGGGCAGAGUCAUUUCAUCUCACUGGGCUUCAGUUGGAUCGACCAAGAAAUCUUACCAAAUCAUACUGUGCUUUUGUUGGGUUUAACGUAUUUUUAUAUGUGAUGCUAGUUGCGCAAGUGGUCUCAAAUCAUAUAGCACCUUUACCAUUGGCUACAAAAUUGAAUGAAAUAUUUAAUGGAUGUUUUGCAUUUCUCAUGUUCUUCACAUUAGUGUUCUUUCUCAUUUAUGGAGUGGAGAUAUUUUGCAAGGUUGAAGGAGCUUUUAAGCCCACUGAAACGUUUGAAACUGGAACAAUAAAUCUUCGACAGUUGUUUCAGUCAAGAUUGGGUUUAGUGGCACAAGCAUCUUUUCAGCUUGCUGUGACUAUGUUUUUAAUGAGUGAAGUUCUUGGUGAAAUGUGGAAGCAGAAGAUGUCUAUCGGUGAUCGCAACAUCGUGGAAAUCAUGUUCCACGUUGCUGAGCUGGCCUGUGCUUUGUGGUUUCCAUGCUGCCUAUGGAAUGUUAGCAAACCCGGAGAGCUGUGGAUACUGAACCCGAAGAAUCUUUUAAUAUUUAGAAGAGCAAGCAAGGAGGAAACAUCGUUGGUUCAAGAAGUGCCUCCACCUACUAAUUACAAUACUUUUGAUGGAAAGGAGGACCCAGGGGAGAUACGAGCCGUAUCUGGAGGCGACUGCUGGAUAUGUUAUGACAGCGAAAACACAGAUCGUUUAAUUCAACCUUGCGACUGUAAGGGUGGCAUGGAGCUAGUUCAUCAUGAUUGUUUAAAGAAAUGGUUGCUAGAGAGACCUUUCACCGGAUCAGAUAAAGAUAGAGCCUGUUGUACAGUUUGCAAAGUAGAGUACAAUGUUACACGAGAUAACAGUAUUGUCUGGAAAUUAAAUGGUCUGCAAGUCAAAACAUGGUCGCAAACCUUUUUUGUCGUCGUUACCAUGGCAUCACUACCAGUGACGUUGUUUUUUAUAUGGAAUAAAAUAUCUCGAGCUCCGGUUAAAUUGUCUUUGGUUUUUGGAAUGUGUAUCGGAGAAUACCUCUUACUCAGAUUGCUUGGUUUCAACUUUCUGAAGGCGUAUAAAAUUACUAAAACAAGGGCGAUGAGAAUUCUUGGCCGACAUGAGAAAUGCAAGUCAAGUUCUGUGUGCAGUUCAUCUUACACGUGUAGUGCAUCCAGUGAAACUGAAUCUCAUCUCUCCGUCACGGUUGAUACUUGAUUUACAGUUACGUUGAAGUAGCAAAAACGAAAUGGAGAGUAAAGUGUUUUUUUUUUUGCACGGUAUUGUUUUGUAUAGUUUUUCUAAAACAUGCGAAUGUAAGGAAAGUUCCAUUGCAUAAGCGAGCAUAGCGAAUCGAUAAAAAGGUUUAGAAUUUUUUUCCGUGGAGGAUUUAGGAGAUGCAUUUCUAUUCUUAAAGUUUGGAGUGUAUAGUUUAUUAAUUUAUUGUUUUGUAAAAAACUUUAACAAGUAUAUCGUUUGCCAGUGAUUUUGACAGUCAACAUUAUAUCCAGUUACGUUAGACAAACAGCGGAUGAAAGUUCGCGGGAUUUUCUUUAUUUGUUUGUGGAAUAGUAAAAUUACAUGUUUUCAAAAUCUGAUUCUUACCCACAAAAUUUAAUUCUCUAUUUCUUUUUUUUGCGUAUUUAAAUGAUAUUCCUGUUUUUUAUUGGCUCUUUUGAAAACCCGCCAGUGUUGAAAUGCAUGUUAACUGGAUAUUGUGAGACAAACAGACAUAGUAAAUAUUAUCUUCUUUAAAAAGGUUUGUACAUAUAAGUGUAUGCAAAAAGUUAAGUUUUCACAUAAAGAUGUAUAGUUUGUAAAAAGAUUAUCGUGUAUAAAACAAUCGAAUUUGCAAAAUUUCUUGUUCGAAAUACCCUUUGUUUUAUCACUUUCGAAUACUUUUACUUUCUUUUGUUUUAAUAACCGAAUGUUUGUUAACGCCCUGGGUAAAUUCCAAAAUUUUUACUGUACUUUUUUACUCAGAGAAAGAUUGUGUUUUUACACACUCUACUUUGUCAAAACGAAGGUAAAAAACUUAAUAUUUUCCCUUUUUCGUUGAGUUGAAAAGGCGUUUUCUUCAGAGGCGUUUGUUUUGACAAGGGGCGUUUAUUUUAACAGGGCUUGUAAUUGAGGGGUGUACGAGGCGUGAAAGUGAGGAAAUAUCAUGUGACGUGUGACUUAUAAUAGGAUUUUUUUGUUUUUACAAUUAGGUUUAGUUUACACUGCAAAAAUUGAAAAAGAGAAAUUGAAAAUAUUGCAAUGUAAAUGAAACCUAUUGGAAUAAAUUAUUUUUUAUUUUUAUUCCCUAAAAUAAAGUAUAUAUAAAAAUUUUUGUAAGACACGAGAGAAAAUGCAACCUCGUCCCCAGUGGUGCUUGCUUUUUUGACAUCGAGGCUGUCAAGUAAGCGCUAGCGACUUUGACAUCAAGCAAAAAACCCUGGGGACGAGGAUGAAGAGAAUGUUUUGAAUUAAAUAACUUUUGACACUAAAGAAUAUGUUUUUUCCUGUUACAGUAUUGAUGGCGUAUAUUCGUUCAAUUUUUUUCGGUGGAAAAGGUUAUUUAAUUCGUUUGUAAUUGCCACAUUGAUUUAUUUUCGUAUUUUUUUUUAAAUAGAUUGUUUGUUUAAAUA